AUGGAGACCCAGGAAGCCUCCUCCGAAUCUGCCAGGGAGAGUUCGCUUCUCCUCAAGCUGUUCCACUGGCACAAGCUCUUCGAAUCCGACACGCCUCCUCGGCUAGGCAUCGAGGUGGACAGACGCAUACCCUAUGCGGUGUUUUCUGCCUUCUCAACGGGCAUGGCCUUAGGCUAUUAUCACGGUAGCAAUAAGACCGGCCUUGUGUUUCGCGCGGAGAACGCCCAUCGAUUUCCCACCUCGUCCUCUGGGUGGUUCCAAUACCAUAAGACAAAGAACUACAUCUCCGUAGUGGGCGGCGUCAAGGAUGGCGUCAAAAUGGGUGUCAAACUGGGCGCCGGUGCGCUUGCCUUUUGUCUGUUUGAGGAGACGGUGGACUAUGCUCGCCACGAUGAGCGAGACUUUCUGUCCACGGUCACAGCUGGGCUGUCUUGCUCAGGCAUCUACAGUUUGAUAGCCCGUCACGAUGUCUACACUGCUGCCCGGACUGCCAAACUCGGGUUAAAAAUGAGUUUGGUCUACGGACUUCUCCAAGAUACCCUCGAGACAAUGAAAGGAAACCGACCGGCUUAUGUGGACUUUCUUCUCGGCAAUCGUCGCUCCAAGGCCCUUCCAGAAGGCUCACUCUGA